AUGGCGGCCUGGUUCUCACGUGGUGCGGCCGUGACGCCUCGGGGGCCACGUCGCCGGCGCGGAGGACCGGCGCCCCACGCCCACCUCUGCCCGCCGGCGCGGAGGACCGGCGCCCCACGCCCACCUCUGCCCGCCGGCGCGGAGGACCGGCGCCCCACGCCCACCUCUGCCCGCCGGCGCGGAGGACCGGCGCCCCACGCCCACCUCUGCCCGCAGGCGGUGGGGACCGGCGCCCCACGCCCACCUCUGCCCGCCGGCGGUGGGGACCGGCGCCCCACGCCCACCUCUGCCCGCAGGCGGCGGUGGGGACCGGCGCCCCACGCCCACCUCUGCCCGCAGGCGGUGGGGACCGGCGCCCCACGCCCACCUCUGCCCGCAGGCGGUGGGGACCGGCGCCCCACGCCCACCUCUGCCCGCCGGCGCGGAGGACCGGCGCCCCACGCCCACCUCUGCCCGCCGGCGCGGAGGACCGGCGCCCCACGCCCACCUCUGCCCGCCGGCGCGGAGGACCGGCGCCCCACGCCCACCUCUGCCCGCCGGCGCGGAGGACCGGCGCCCCACGCCCACCUCUGCCCGCAGGCGGUGGGGACCGGCGCCCCACGCCCACCUCUGCCCGCAGGCGGUAAGGACCGGCGCCCCACGCCCACCUCUGCCCGCCGGCGCGGAGGACCGGCGCCCCACGCCCACCUCUGCCCGCAGGCGGCGGUGAGGACCGGCGCCCCACGCCCACCUCUGCCCGCAGGCUGUGAGGACCGGCGCCCCACGCCCACCUCUGCCCGCCGGCGCGGAGGACCGGCGCCCCACGCCCACCUCUGCCCGCAGGCGGCGGUGAGGACCGGCGCCCCACGCCCACCUCUGCCCGCAGGCUGUGAGGACCGGCGCCCCACGCCCACCUCUGCCCGCCGGCGCGGAGGACCGGCGCCCCACGCCCACCUCUGCCCGCAGGCGGCGGUGAGGACCGGCGCCCCACGCCCACCUCUGCCCGCAGGCGGUGAGGACCGGCGCCCCACGCCCACCUCUGCCCGCCGGCGCGGAGGACCGGCGCCCCACGCCCACCUCUGCCCGCCGGCGCGGAGGACCGGCGCCCCACGCCCACCUCUGCCCGCCGGCGCGGAGGACCGGCGCCCCACGCCCACCUCUGCCCGCAGGCGGUGGGGACCGGCGCCCCACGCCCACCUCUGCCCGCAGGCGGCUGUGAGGACCGGCGCCCCACGCCCACCUCUGCCCGCCGGCGCGGAGGACCGGCGCCCCACGCCCACCUCUGCCCGCCGGCGCGGAGGACCGGCGCCCCACGCCCACCUCUGCCCGCAGGCGGUGAGGACCGGCGCCCCACGCCCACCUCUGCCCGCAGGCGGCUGUGAGGACCGGCGCCCCACGCCCACCUCUGCCCGCCGGCGCGGAGGACCGGCGCCCCACGCCCACCUCUGCCCGCAGGCGGUGAGGACCGGCGCCCCACGCCCACCUCUGCCCGCAGGCGCGACAUCCAUGCUGCUUGGAGGCUCUCCUGACGGUUGUUACAACGAUCAGCCAGUCGGCUCCCGGGCGGUGUGGGUCAAGGUGCUGGUGCUCCAAGCAGGCCCUGUUGUUAUGACUCUCGUGAAUGCGUGA